ACGUGAACCCACACAAGGGAAUACACUGUUGCACUGGCUGUCUCCCGGUAGCCUCCCCCUGCAGGGCGGCGAAACCGGCAUAAAACAAUCACUGUAUGUUCGCCGUCUGAACCGCUUAGCUGGGAAACACGAGAUGAGUCCUGUAUUCAUGUUCCCGGGCGCGCUUGAAUAAAGCGCAGAGGCGAAAGCGGUUCGUGUGGUUUGCUCGCAGGAUCUUAGAGCGGAGAACAUGUGAGAGGGGAAUGGGAAACUGGAAACUGGAUUACACUUUACAGAAAGACGCAGAAGGGGGAACGUUCAGGAUUUUGACAAGGCGCAGCGGCUCCGUCGAGUAGGACAUCCCCACGGCGGCCAAGGCGCUUUCCGCGGACACAGGGGGAAAGAAGGACUAAUAUACCAAAGAUGAACACAAUUGUGUUUAAUAAGUUAAGUAGCCAGGUUUUAUUCGAGGAGAAGGCGAAUGAGGUGGAAAGAAGCAGUCGAAAUUAUUUAGAGGUGAUAGAUGGACAGCAUCCGGACCUGCUCUCCAGCAGCCCAGUCAUCAAAGACAGCUCAGCUAUCCGGCACAGGAGAUCCGGGUCUCGUCAGAACCCAGGAAAGGUACGGCAUAAACGGCAAGCUCUGCAGGACAUGGCCCGGCCUUUGAAACAGUGGCUCUACAAACACCGGGAUAAUCCUUACCCCACUAAAACAGAGAAAAUUCUUCUCGCGCUUGGCUCACAAAUGACACUUGUGCAGGUGUCUAACUGGUUUGCAAAUGCUCGACGGCGACUGAAGAACACAGUUAGGCAGCCUGAUUUGAGUUGGGCCCUUAGGAUCAAACUCUACAACAAAUACGUCCAGGGCAACGCGGAAAGAUUGAGCGUCAGCAGUGAUGACUCCUGCUCUGAUGAUGGUGACCCAGCAGCACGGGCCCAGGUCGGGGAGUUUAAUAAGCCAAUGUACCAGAGCGUCAUCAAGAAGGAAGGUGGUGCUGUGGGGGCAGGUCUUCGGGCAGCUGCGGACGCCUCAUUGUCUGAUGACUAUGUGUCGCCACCCAAAUACAAGAGCAGCCUGUUGCACCGCUACCUUAACGACUCCCUCCGUCAUGUAAUGGUAGCCAACGGCGUAAUGGACGCACGGAGGAGGAACCACUCAGGCUCUUUCAGCUCUAACGAGUAUGAUGAAGACCUGCUGUCACCAUCUUCUUCAGAAGCAGAAGCCAACUUUAUCUACAGGACUGAGACUGUGGAGCAUGGAUCAAAUAAAUGUGACAGAAGCAUGCAGAAGGAGAAGGGACAGAGGAAAGACGAGACAUACUGGAGGGAGAUCAACGCGGCCAUGGCCCUAACUAACCUGGCUCAGCCCAAGGAUGCGGCCACCGCCGCCACCACCAGCUGCAUCAUCCAGAAAUCCUCACACAUAGCUGAAAUCAAGACUGUUAAAGUGCCUAUCCUGCACAAAUACUAAUGCACACACACAUACGCAGAAGAUCCUGCUCUUCUACCUUUGGAAUUCACUUGUUGUUUUGAAUAUUGUUUAUUACUUUGUUGUACUGAUAAAGAAUGAAUUUUUUUGGUACGUCUGUUUUUAUUGUUAUGAGUGCGAUGAAGUGCCCUGAAAUGCAGCACACCGAUUUGUGCAUUUCCUUUGGCUCGCACAGACUUUUUUGAUAAGUGUUGAUGAACUGUCAGUGCGACAGUAUUUCUGAACGAGACACUUUUGCAAUGUUAACUUAUUUUGAUAUUAAUCAGAAAUUUGUAUUGUAUCGCACCAAAGUGCCUUCAUGCAUCUCCAAGGAGAGAUUAGAGAGAAUGUACAGUUCGUGUCCUCUCUGAAUGAAAUAAACGGUUGAAAUGACCGGAGGAGUGUGUAGCGCACUCUUCUCUCUGCUUCUCACAGCCGACAAGAGCUGCUGACCUUAAAAUGAAAUCAGCAUAAGUCACAAAGACAUGCACCUAAGGCCAUUUCUGCAUGUUUUGUCUUAAUAUCUCAUGUGGCUGUGACUACGACAUUGUUUUGUCUCUACAAUUGAAAACUUCAACUGUCACCUGCCAACAAUAGCUGUGAGCCGAGAGAUAAGUUCACUCAGCCUACAUCAAACUCAAACUCUUCCUUACAGUCUCUGCUCCCUCUCAUAAACUCAGAGUUAUGCACAUUUCUCAGAUACACAAUGAGAAAGAGAGGGAGACAGACUUCAAGGUUUCAUCUGUAUCUGUUUGAGACGAGGACUGUGACCCAAAGGGAUAUUUAGUAAUCCAUUAUCAGUGCUAAACCGAACGGGUUGCCUUCUCACGUUUCUGCUCAGAACAAGAUACUUAGUGGAAGCAGAAAAUGAUUUGGCCAGUCGUGUUUUACCCCCUUUUCUCUCUCAGCUGGUUAGAAUUACUCUCAAAUCAGUGUUUACAAGAAGUCUGAAAGACACUUCCAUAAAAAACAAAAAAAGACACAAACCAUUGCAGUAUUACCACAUCUCUGAUUCAGUGAACGUUCAAACUUGUUUGCAAUCGCCAUGUUUGUCCUGAGGUUUUAGCUCUUUUUGUUAGUGUUUUUGCCUUUGAUGAAACCAAGUUGUGUUAGUCUUGUAUUGACUGAAUGGAAAGAAACUAUGUUCAAUGCAAAUGUUAUUUGCAUUAGAGUUAUGGAUGCCAAGUACACAAUUUAGACAAUUAAAACGCCACUUUUGAAGUGAGCGCAGUAAUAUUUGCUUAUGUUGAUUUCCUAUGUUUUGUUUUUUGAGGAAAGUCUCCACCUGCUUGUGGUGAGACAGGCCAAAGAAACUUAUUCAAAAAGCUGCAUGCACUUAUCUGACCCCUCCCCCUUUUUUAUUAUUAUUAAAAAUAAUAUUCACAAACACCCACUGAGACUAUAAUUCAUAGGUACUAUGUCCUGUUUUCUUGCUCUAAAGAGUAGUGUAGCACAUUUUUAGUAAAUUUUCUAACAAAACUGGGAAAAAUGUAUGAUCUGAUCUGCUUUUGAAAUCUCAUUCCUUUCAUUUUUUUUCUCUAAUCCAUUCAAAUCUCAUGUGAAUCUCUUUUGGCCUUUGCAGUGAACAAAGAGAAGAGAAAGUAUCAACCUGUUUUGUUUUUUUUCCCCUUGCACACUCUGCUCAAAAGGAUGCUGACAGACAAACAGUUAUUUUGUGCACACUUUAGAACAUUUGAAAUGAUUAAAGACUGUAAAAAACUUGUAAUAAUAGUCUGAUUUUUUAUUGUUAAGUUAUAUUCUUUUUUUUUUAUUUUAUAGAGACUGGAUGUUUGUCCAAUGAAGGAAUGCAUAAUAUCUCAUUUAUUCUCUGAUUUUCUUUUAAUGUUCAGUUUUAUGCCAGGAACCUUGUUUACUUCAAAGGAACAUUAAAUAAAACAUUUUUUGAUGAUA